AUGUCACUUUCGAAGCCUCCAGUCAGAGGUGAGAGAAAUACAAGCGUUAAGAAGCCUGUCGUACCAGAUACUACAAAUAAUGAAUUGGCUACAUCUAUAUACAAACAGGCUACUAUGGAUAAGAAAUUAUCUGAGAAAUUGACUAGAACUAUUACCGAUGAGUUACUAAAUAAAAAAAAUGUAGAACAUAUCACUGAUGAUCGUAGAUUGCUUAUACUUUCUAGAGCCAAAUCAAGAUUCGUCGUGGGUAUAUCACCUAAUGAAGUGUAUGCAAUUGAAUUUCAACCUACUGGAAAAGCAUUAGCUUACAGUAGAUAUGAUGGCUCACUCACUGUGUGGUUUUUAGUCCAUGAUACUUUUAAUAGAUCCUUCAAAGCCUACAAAAAAGAUGCCAUGGGAGUGGAGAAACCUAUAACGUCCAUAUCGUGGAAUUCUAACGAAGUUGGCCAAUUUGCAACUGUCUCAAAUAGUAAUUAUAUUCAAAUUUGGAAUGUGGAUCAUAAUACACACAGUUUAACAAAGUAUAGAACAUUGAAUCUAGACAGUUCAGAUGCUAAAUUGAGAUUUACAAAAUGUCAUUAUGACCCUUCAUCCCAAUGGUUAGCUGCAGUCACCAAAAACAAUGAAAUAUGUUUGUUUGAUGUCAAAGCUAAUCAUAAACAAGUUCAUUUCUAUAACUUUAAUGAAGAAGUUGAAGGUUCAAUUACUUUUAUAUGUUGGAAUAAUCAUGGAAAUUAUAUUAUUGUAGGUACAUCAAUUGGCGAAAUUUCAUUGCUGAGAGUUAAUAAUAACAAAGAGUUAAAGAAUAUUAUCAAAGUACCAGCACAUAGAGGAAAAAUUACUGGUUUGAAAGUUACACCACUUGGUGAUAAAUUAGUGAGUGUAGGAGAAGAUGGCGCAUGUUUGAUCUGGGACCUUGAAUCUUUAACUUGUAUCAGUACCAUUGUAGAAUGUGAAUCAAAUAUACGUACAUUUGAUUUAUCCCCAUCUGGAAAACUGUUAGUUGUGGUUUCAGAAGAAGGAAAAUUUAGAUUUUAUGACAUGAUAACCACAGAGAAAAUAAAUGAUUAUGAUCAGAAACACUUAGAUUCUGAUUUUAUUGUCAAGUUUUAUCCUAAUAAAUCUUGGUUAAUGAUCUCAGGGGAAAACGAUACGCUAUGCAGGUUAUAUUCUGAAAAGGGUCACUCUGAUGAGUUAUCAUUUUGGAAAUCUUUCCAUCCAGAAGUAUUCCCUGAAAACGAAAAGGCUAGAACUUAUAAUGACCUUAAUGCCAAAAAAAGUAAACAUGAUUGGAAUAGUGAACAAGCACUACUUAGAGGCUCGAAUAGAGACUCGAAUAGAGACUCGAGUAGAGCCCCAAAUAGAGGAGCAAGCAGAGAAUCAAGUAGAGGUCCAGAUAGAGAGUCAAACAGAGGCUUAAAUAGGAACAUAAAUAGAGGCAUUGGUAGAGAUUCUAGCAGGGGUCCAAAUAGAAAUAAGAGACCGAGAGCCAACCCUAGACCUGCUAGAUUCUCACAUAAUUAA